AAACCCUAACUCUCUCUCUCCUGCAUAAAUCCCCUCUUCCUCUCUGCCGUUCUCCUCUCCCUUCCGAACCCUAGCAAGCCGCAGGUCGAGCGAGGAGGAGGAGGGAUCAUCGAAAAAUGGGAGCUUACAAGUACGUGUCGGAGCUAUGGAGGAAGAAGCAAUCGGAUGUGAUGAGGUUCCUGCAGAGGGUCCGAUGCUGGGAGUAUCGCCAGCAUCCGUCCAUUGUUCGGGUCACUAGGCCUACCCGACCCGAUAAAGCCCGUCGCCUCGGCUUCAAAGCCAAGCAGGGUUACGUGAUUUAUCGUGUCCGUGUCAGACGUGGUGGCCGUAAGAGGCCGGUGCCCAAGGGUAUCGUCUAUGGUAAACCGAAGAAUCAAGGUAUCACUCAACUCAAGUUCCAGAGGAACAAGCGCUCAGUUGCUGAGGAGAGGGCUGGACGUAAGCUGGGUGGGCUGAAGGUCCUCAACUCCUACUGGAUUAAUGAGGACUCAACCUACAAAUACUUCGAGGUCAUUCUUGUUGACGCCGCUCACAAUGCUAUCCGCAAUGACCCAAGAAUCAACUGGAUCUGCAAGGGCGUUCACAAGCACCGUGAACUUCGCGGGCUUACAUCUGCUGGAAAGAAGUACAGAGGUCUCAGAGGAAAAGGUCAUCUUUACCACAAGAACAGGCCAUCUCGCCGGGCAACCUGGAAGAGGAACCAGACCAAGUCCCUCCGCCGAUACCGCUGAGCCUCUUGCUGCUGAGUGUCGAAGUUUACUCGUCUGUUCUUUUGAUACUCUAUUCAAGUGCGAGUCUUGUAGUGGGGAGUUACUUGAGGUUUCUAGGUUUUGUCUCAUGGACAUGGGGGUUUUUGGGGUUGGAUCGUUAGGAAGUUUGAUGCAUUAUUGUUGUUUUGGACUAUUGCUGGAUGUGAAAUGCUCUAGUUUCUUGAUGCCUUGUUAUUUAUCUACUAUAAUUGCGGAGUUUCAGUGUACUUCUAUUUAUAUUUUGAAAUGUUAUGCAUCUGUUUGUUUG